CUUUAACAUAAAUAUAAAUUUUACUUUUCAGAGUGAUAUGUAUAUUCGGACAUCGGCAGCAUUCCCUGUAAUAGAGAAUGGUGCACACCGUUUGCAUGGUGUCAGACUUUUUCUAUCCGAACAUGGGGGGAGUUGAGUCGCAUAUAUUCCAGUUGUCGCAAUGUUUGUUGGAAAGAGGACACAAUGUGAUUGUAAUCACACACUUCUAUGAUGACAGGGUUGGAGUUAGAUAUAUGACAAACUAUCUGAAGGUUUAUUAUCUACCCAUCCUUCCUUUUUACAACAAAUCUAUUUUACCAACAAUUAUUGGUUCUCUGAACUACCUUAGGAAAAUAUUCCUUGCAGAAAAAGUGACAAUUGUUCACGGACAUUCAGCCUUCUCUUCACUUGCUCAUGAAGCUCUUUUUAUUGCGAGCUUAUUAGAUAUACCUUCAGUGUUCACAGACCAUUCACUGUUCGGAUUCAGUGAUGCCAGCGCUAUUGUAACAAAUACAUUCUUAAAGUACUCGUUAUCCAACACUAGUCACACCAUCUGCGUCUCACAUACUGGAAAAGAAAAUACCGUACUCAGAUCGGGAGUAAAUGCUCAGGACGUAUCCGUGAUACCGAACGCAGUUGAUGCGGUCAAAUUCCGGCCAAAACAAUCUAAAACAACACUCAAGUUUAACAACCAACAACCUCCUAGUCACAAAAUUACAACAACACAACAACAAUCUACCAUUAAUACUGAGAAGAAAAGACUAAGAAUAGGAAAACUACCUGACGAAAAGGAUGAAACUAAACCUAUAACAAUUGUGAUAGGAAGUAGGCUAGUUUAUAGGAAAGGAAUAGAUCUGGUGGCCGAGCUUAUCCCACUUCUUUGUCGUCGUAAGUAUUGUGGGCGCCACGUCAACUUCUUGAUAGCUGGGGACGGUCCUAAGCGAAUUCUAAUUGAAGAAGUUAUAGAGAAAUAUAAACUACAAAGACGAGUAAAGAUGCUUGGAGAGCUUAAACACUCUGAUGUUAGAGACAAACUUUUGAUAAAAGGUGAUAUUUUUCUAAAUACAAGCUUAACUGAAGCUUUCUGUAUGGCCAUAGUUGAAGCAGUAGCUUGUGGACUCACUGUUGUUAGUACUAGCGUUGGAGGUAUACCUGAAGUGCUUCCAUCUAGGUUCAUAUAUCUAGUUGAUCCUAACCUAGACUCUAUACUACAGGGUGUAUACACUGGUAUACAGGCAGUGAUAACUGGCACACGGCCAAGUGCCACCGAGUGCAAUGAGUUUGUUCGGACAUCUUAUUGUUGGAGAGACGUUGCCAGGAGAACUGAAGUAGUUUACCAAUCUGUUUCUACUGGUUUGAAACCUUCUCUAGCUAGAAAGGUGAGGAACCUGUGGGACUGUGGACCUAUGGCCGGACCAUUUAUGGCAGUUUUAUAUCUUGCUCUUCAUUAUCUUCUUCUUUUAAUUAACUGGGUCUCCCCCAUCAAAAGAUAGCAUUUUCUGUAUGUUAAAUUGUUUUUAUAGAUUAAUACAUUUAAUUAGUAAUUAAUA